UGUAUUGCGACUCAAUUCCGCCUUGUUGUGGCGACGGAAGGCCAUGAGGUUGUGUGGUUUAUAACUGAUUUUUAUUUAUUAUUUUUUAACCAGCCUAGGCAUGGCGGGCAUUAUAACCAAAAGAAGCCAGAGGGUUCGGAUGGGAGGGUGUAAACGAGCAUUUUUUCGUGUGUAAUAGCAGUCGAAAACAGCUACCGGGCGGCGGAUAUUGCUUGAGUGGAUGCAAUGUAACAUUACUGAGUGGACUGUCAACAUUGUGCAGCCACUUUGUGCUACAGCGCAAAACUUACACACGCACUUGGUUAACAGACUCAACCGCGUGUAUGUUGCUGUAUUGACAGAGUCGGAGCAUUUAAAGAAUACAAGUGAAUACAGAGCGAUUCGCUGUACUGAUCUGAAGAACGAAGAUCUCGGUGAAAAUGAGCUCUAGCUGCAUGGCGACGCACCUGGCAUUUGCAGCCAUACUGCUAAACAUCAGCAUCUAGCCUACAGGCGCUGGCUACUCAGCCUUGCUAGCGUGUUCUUACUGUUGGCCCUGUGUUUGGACUCUAGGCACCAUGGCGUGGGUGCUGAAGAUGGACGACGCUGCGAUCGAGUCAGGACUCGUGCACGACUUCGAUGCCAGUCUGUCUGGAAUCGGACAGGAGCUCGGGGCUGGAGCAUACAGCAUGAGUGAUGUGCUGGCUCUGCCCAUCUUCAAGCAGGAGGACGGGAGCGUAUCCGUACCAGUCGAGUCUGAGAGUAAGAAUCCACCAUUUCAGUACGUGCUCUGUGCUGCUACCUCUCCUGCUGUUAAACUACAGGAGGAGACGCUCACCUACCUUAACCAAGGUCAGUCUUAUGAGAUACGGCUGCUAGAUAACAGAAAGAUGGAGGAAAUGCCAGAACUCAAUGACAAGACUGUAAAGAGCAUAGUAAGAGUUGUAUUUCAUGACCGGAGGCUGCAGUACAUGGAGCAUCAGCAACUGGAGGGGUGGAAGUGGAAUCGUCCUGGCGACCGUCUCCUUGACAUCGAUAUCCCGAUGUGUGUGGGUAUUACUGAACCCCACACCAAUCCCUCCCAACUUAAUGCUGCUGAGUUUCUGUGGGACGUCUCUAAACAUGCUUCUGUAUUUGUACAGGUGCACUGUAUAAGCACUGAGUUUACACCGAGGAAGCAUGGUGGAGAGAAGGGCGUACCGUUCCGCAUCCAAAUCGACACCUUCGCACAGGACGAGAGUGCAGAGUACACGGAGCACAUGCACUCUGCUAGCUGCCAGAUCAAAGUGUUCAAGCCAAAGGGCGCAGACCGGAAGCAGAAAACAGACCGAGAGAAGAUGGAAAAAAGAAAUGCUCAGGAAAAGGAGAAAUAUCAGCCCUCUUAUGAUACCACUAUCCUAUCAGAGGCUCGUCUGGAGCCGGUGAUAGAGGAGGCUGUGGAGCAUGAGCUAAAAAAGUCCAGUAAGCGCACUCUCCCUGCAGACUGUGGUGACUCAACUGCUAAGAGCAAGAGAGGCAGUUGUUCACCUUGGCUUGAUAAUUCUUACAUCAACCCAAACACGGCAGCUCCCCUAACUUUUACCUCCACCACACUUUCUUACAGCAGUAACAAUGCAGUACCCGACAGUGAAUCCUCUUCACCUACACACCAAGGAGAUACUAGCCAUGUUUCUAAUGAGUCUUUAAGCUCAGCAGCUUCCAUGAAGGAGGUGCAACAGUGGCUUCUUAAAAACAGGUUUAACUCCUAUAGCCGGCUAUUUACACAUUUCUCAGGUUCUGAUUUGCUGAAACUGACUCGUGACGAUUUGGUGCAAAUCUGUGGGCCAGCCGAUGGAAUCCGACUCUACAAUGCACUGAAAUCAAAAGCAGUCAUGCCUCGGCUGACGUUGUACGUGUGUCAGGACAUGUCUCCAUGUGGGAGCCCUCUCCUGGAGAGACGCUGUCUCAGCAAGAACGGAGACCAUGGCAGUCCUACAACUAUACAUGUUUAUCAUGCGCUGUACCUUGAAGAAAUGACCGCCUGCGAGCUGACAAAGAAAAUAUCCAAUGUGUUAAACCUCCCGCUAAGCCACAUCGGUCAAGUCUACAAGCAGGGGCCUACGGAAAUCCAUAUACUGCUCAGUGACCAGAUGGUGUCUAACUUUCCAGACGAGACCUGCUUCAUUGUUAGUAUUUUAAAAGAUGACACAAGUGACAGAUUCCACCUGGUUCUGAAGUAGCUACAGAAGGUGAAUAAAUUGAAGAUGAGGUCUCGAGGUUCCGAACUGCUGCCCUUGAGCACUAAAUCUGCUCAGUCCAUUCUUCUCGAUUUCUCUCUUUCAUAUCUGAUUUAAAAGAGAAAGCGAGCAGAGGUUUGCCAAGACCUCAUGCCAGUUAGAAUCAGACUUCAGUGGAUACAUUGUUUCAUAUUGAAAACACUCUACUUGAUGAAUCUUUUUGUGUGUAAAAAGAGGCAGGUUUUGUGCUGAAGCAUCUAUGUGAUUCUAAUGGGAGCGACUGAAGGAUGGAUAAAACAAUCUGAACCUUUCUGCACGAGCAAGGUGUUCAUGCACAGUUCUAAAUGAUAGGGUGGUUGUAAACUCUGACACACCAAACUGACUGCUGCCUGUAGUUUGUGUCUCCUCACUGUUGGCAGCUGGUUCUUGUUGACCCAGCACUGGAAGCUGGGGUCGUCUUUGGCUGUUCAGCCUAGUCUAGCACAGUACAAAAGCAACUGAAGUGUGCAGCAGGCACACAUUUUUGGGCAACCAAAUAACUAGGUUAGGUUAAAUAUUUCCUUACUUUCAUGAAAAUGGUAGCCAGGCUUAUUUCUCCCAAUAUAUACAUUACCAGGCUAAAUAAUGUCCAAAUAGUACAGAAUUAGGAAAAUAUAUACUUCUAAAAAUAAAUUUGCCCUUUUUUCUUCCAAUUUAGUCACUGCCAGUUCCCUCUCAUGAAAGCUGACAGUGUACUUCAGACUAAAAGCUUAUUUUGGCAUUAAGUACCAAUAUUUGUGUCAUGAAAUUGACAGCACCAGUGGGUCACCAAAGUAUGUUUUAAAGAUUUGUUUUGUUUGUUAUAUUACAUUAUUUGUUUUUCUUCUUUUUGUGAAGACAACAAAUUCGGUCAGUAUUUUGUGACUCGGUGCUUACUAGCCAAUCAAACCAAAAUGUCUAUUUGAAUCCAAUACUAUAGUGUAAAACAAUGUCAUUAUAAUAGCAAACACAGGCAUGUGUUUUAUGAAAAAGCCAAUUACUGAGAAAUAACAUAUAUAAAUGGUAGUUUUUAUCCUUGGUUAAAGUUUUUUUUUUAUUGUUGUUUCUUUUUAUGAAAGUGUAUGCCCUACACAUAUUUGUCAUAUAAAUUAUAUAGUGAUCACUUGUCCGAUUGCACUCGUUUUGGUUCAUUUGUGUUUACAUUUAUCUAUUUGCUUAUUACAUUACUUAUUAUAAUUUAAAAAUACACAUCCAGUUCUUCUUCUUUUAGUUGGGAUGUUGGGACACUAUCCCACCUUCUUGCAAUUGGUGCCCCUCUUCAUAUACCAGCCAGCCCAAAAAAGCCAAGGGAAUUCUCUUAGUUUUAUAGUUUGCAUUUCUCUGUCUGAAAGUCUGUCUGGAACAAUUGUUUUGUUUACACAUUUAAGUUUAAAGUUUUAAUUAAUUUAAAGUUUUGGGCAGCUCUGCAAUGAUAAUGCACAGUUGCAACAACAAAAUAGUAGCUCUGACAUGCAAAAGUUUGGAUACUACUACAUUACUACAGAUAUCCACAAAUAAGUCUUUCUUGCUUUAGGAUUUCUUGCCCACUAUUUUUUUGAGAUAUUCAUGGGCUGUCCUGCAUGCACUGUAUGUUAAAGAUUUUCCCACAAAUUUCCUGUGUGGUAUGGUUUGGAUUGUUGCAUUGUAAUAACCAGUCUCUGUUCUUGUCUGCGUUGCAUUUGCUUCCAGAAUUUGAUGAAAUUCAGUGAUACCUGUUUAUUGUUCUACUUUUACCUUUAUCAUUCUACAGCACUCAUUUCCAAAAUGGCUUUGACUUACAUGUUUUGCAUUCUUCAGUUGUUAAAUUUUGUAUUGAUGUCGACAAGGUUUUUCUUUUUAUUACUUUUUAAUGCAGAUGUUUGUGCAAGCACUGCCUGGUAGAACAGUGCACCAACCCUUUCUUGUCAGCUAAACCCUCCUGUUUUUUUGCCUUUUUGGUGUCAUGUUUACUUGAUCUUGCAGGUCUUGCCUUAACGUUCACAAUUUCUGCUCUAUUUUGUAGUGUUUUAUGUUUUUAUACCAUUUUGACUUUUUUUUUUAACCCAGACACUAUGUGGAUUGCAAACCUUUGCACUCAGUGGCGCGUGCAUGCCAUCUUUUGUGUUCAAGUAAAACAUUUCCAAAAGUGUGUGAGGCUAUGGGAGGCAUUUCUCAGUUUGGUGUGUCAUAGCUAAAUAAAGGUGUCUUCACUUCACAGCUUAGUGAUCACACAACCUUCACUUAACCAUGUCUGGGCUGUUUGAUUGCCACACAUAGAUGUCCAUUACAAUGGGACUGCAAUUCUCUAUUAGACCUUUUUUAUUAUUUUUGCGUGUGGAGUUUGAGGAGUGUUUGCAUUGACUUAAUUUAUGAUGCUGUUUGUCUGCAAAUAUGGAGACCAAUCAUCUCUGGGUGCCAAUAGACUGUUUACUUGACCCUUUUAGUUAGUACGUUCAUUUAUAAGUGGCAUUCGAUUUAAUCUUAUUUUGAUUGAUUAAUUAAAUCAGGCAGUUUACUGCUGUUGUGAUGAUUUGAUAUGAUAUGCUUACUUGGUCAGUCAGUAUCUGUAGCUGUACCAUAAUGCUGAGAUUGACCCAAUAUCUAGAACAAUAUAGAAACACAAACAUCUAUAGUUCUUAAUACUUCUGCCUCCUUGUCUUGAGAUAAAGGUGGCACUUUUGUUUGGAGCCUCUACAAGUCGGUGUGUAAGUAAAUUUCUGCAAGAAUGCGUAUCUUAGCUGAAGCCAUUCACGACUGGCUUUGUGAGAAUUGUUUGGUUUUUUACUUUGCUAGAGACUGAUGUGGUUGGUUGUCUCAGUAGCUAUGCAUUGGGCAGCUAUGUGUUGGCAUGUACCGUGCAUUUUUAACCACUAAAAGCAUGAAGGGCAUGAAUUUUGCCCUCUCCUGAUUCUGUUUUUUUUUUUAAAUGACCAGGUCUGCACUAUUAAAAUAUGGAUAUGUUGUUUAAAACAAGGUGUCUUUCCCCCUAAACAGGAAGUGAAAUAGGUGAUGACUCUGCAUUCUCAUCCUGUCAAUCUCAUGUCAACCGUUCUGUGUAUUUCCAUAAUAACAGUUAUAGUAGUUUUAUAUCACUGUGUCUGUAAGGAAGCCUCUGUUGUAUUGGAGGAUGCAGGUAUGUGCACACUCCAUGCCUGUACCAGAAAUAAAAUAAUUUUAAUAUA